ACGAUGGGGAGGAGCAAAGAAACAGAAAGAAAGAAAAAAAGGGGAUCAAGGUUGCAGAGCUUCCGAAGUCUAGCAGGAGUGCCUCUCCCCUCUUCGGGACGCUUAUGAAAUGAUUCGGUCGGGCGAAAUGACUUGGACAUUGGAGCUCUUGCCAUUGACUAUGGGUUCCACACAGUUGGUUGCUUUUGUGGGUCAACCACCUUUGUUUCACAAAGGCUGUGUGGUUUAUUGCAUUUGGGAGAACUGGUUUUGUUUUAUUCUCUUCGUUUUUUUUCCGACGUUUACUUGGCUUCGUUUUGACUUGCAAUUGGACCUGAUGUCGAUCCAUCCCACGAUAUGCCUGUGGCUACACGCGACACCGAACACGCCGCUGGGCGCGAAUCUGGAGGGGAUGCCCGUCAUUCCAUUCUUCCAAUCCUUUCUGCCACUCGUGGCAUCGACCUCUUUUUGGACUCUUUUUCUCGGGGACGGGCUAGGGAGUGAAUCUCGCUGGCGCCUCUUUUUGUUCGAUGGGAAGGAAUACCAUGCAAGUCAGGGGAUAGGGGCAGGAGAAAUAGCCAAGGCACGCUGUUGAGAAUGGAAAUCCAGUGCACAAUUGGAGGGACGCUUUGCUUCUUUACACGCGCCUUGAUGACCUUUUUGAGGGAGAGUUGGGGGCAUGAGUUUGGCGGAUGCAGAGAAAGGGAAAGGCGGUUGCGUGUCUUCAUAUUUUUGAGGGAGCAGGAACCAAGUUCGCACCCUCCUUUUUGUUAACAUUCCAUGUGCAUUCUUAAAG